AUGAGGACAAUUCUAUCCCUGCUCAUGUUCUUCAUCAUCCCUCUGAGUGGCGGAGUAUCUGGAAAUUCUUGGUCCAUCCAAGUAUCAAGAGACGUCAUCGGUGAAAUCGGUAAAUCCGCGUCUUUGCCCUGUGUGUUUUCUCACCCUCACAAGAACCACCAUGGUGGGCUAACGGUCAUCUGGCGAGUCAAACAACCCCACGAUGGAACAGUGGUCUUCAGGUGUUCCAGCGACCACGUUAACCAGCCUUGUAAAACCACCGCAAACUACAUGAACAAAUUCCAGCUCAUCGGAAACCCACGAAAUAACAAUAUCUCCAUCAGCAUAGGGAACCUGACCUGGGAAGACAGUAAUCGGUAUUAUUGUCGCAUCGAGCUGUCCAGUGACCGGCACGACAAAUACGAGACAAAAUCCGGCACAUUGCUUCAUGUAUCUGCCCCUCCCAGGAUCAUCAACAUCUCCGUGGGAUUUGACCACAGGCGGGGAUACCACGCAGUCUGUAUUGCAGAAGGAGAACCUGCCCCCUCUUUGGUUUGGAUCGACCCUCAGAACCAUUACCAGGACAUGCUUCCAAGCAGCUCAACCCUAAAGCAUCAGAUGGCCACAGAGCUGCAUUACCUGCACCAGGAUGGGAAGUAUACCUGUGUGGCCACCAACAGCCAUGGCAGAACAGAGGGCUCGGUGUACUUCUUCAAGUUCAGGCCAGAGUCCAACAACAGCUUUGCCUAUGUGACGCUGUGGGCGGCCCUUGGAGCCAAACUGCUGAUGCUGCUACUGAUGUUUGCUGCAGGAAGUUACUACAGCAAAGACACAACAGAAUCGAUAGCCGGCACUUUUCCGAGAGCCCAGGAAUCUACCUAUGAAAACUGCACCCAGAUAUCUACCCGAGGGUGA